AUGCUCGGAGGUGACGACACCGCACUCUUGGCUCGCUCUCCUGAUCUUGCUCGUCAUGAAGCUUCGAUUGCACGAGAUCCUACGAGCCCUAUCCAGGGCCCGAGUAGCCUUCACCCGUCUGGUCAUCUUCUUCCUCCAUCUCAAAACUUACCGACCGAUCCUGCCCAACGUACCAUUGUCAUUCAUCCUGGCUCCCGAAUGUUGCGCAUCGGCCGAGCAUCCGAUCACUUACCAAUAUCUGUUCCCAAUGUCGUGGCCCGUCGGCGAUCAUCAGCAACUAAAUCUUCACCCAACGGUGUCUGUAGAAAUUUUGAACCGUCUUUGGAACCCCAGGUAGUCGAUGCCUUCAACUCAAAGAUUGGGUCUAUUCGGGCCGAGUUUCGGAGUCGUAUGCGUCAAAUCAAACUCCGUGGAAUCACUAACGGCCAAGGCAUUGCCGCAAAUUACAAUGCCGAUGUUGUUCCCCUUGUAUUGAGCGAAGACCAAGAUCCUCUCGGUACAAUCUGGCCACCAGUGACUGGUCCUGAAGCUAGAGAUUUAUAUAUAGGCGAAGAUGCGUUGUUGAUUGCCGACCCCGACAAGCAUGAUUACGCAAUUCGUUGGCCGAUUCAUCGGGGCGCAUUGAACACAGCGGAAGAUUCAGGAUAUGACUCAAAGAAUGAGAUCUUGGCUGACAUUGAAGCAGUGUGGCUUUACGCUUUAUCGAACGGAUUGGGCAUCAAGGAGCAAGAGCUGAAGGAAUAUUCUGCAAUUUUCAUUCUUCCUGACUUAUAUGAUCAUUUUUAUCUUCGGGAAAUGGUCGAUCUAAUGUUUCGUACAGUUGGAUUCAAGCAGAUCUGUUUACAACAGGAAUCUUUAUGCGCUUGUUUUGGCGCGGGACUGGGUACGGCCUGCGUGAUUGACAUCGGGGCAACUAAAACCUCAGUCUCAUGUGUCGAAGAGGGUUGGGUCUUACCAGAGACGCGACUACAGAUGGCUUAUGGCGGGGAUGAUAUCACAUUCGUUCUGUCUGAGAUGCUCCGGCGGCAGAAAUUUCCUUACAAAGACUUAAAUUUGAAUCGUACAUGGGAUUGGCAAAUGAUGGAGCGCUUGAAAGAAGAUAUGGUGGUGUUGAGUGAAGGUGAUGUGGGAUUGAAUGUGUAUACUUUCUUUUCGCGACAUCCGAAUGCCCCAACACAGAAAUGGGCUGUUCGCGCUUAUGACGAAGUGAUACUCUCUCCCAUGAUCAUGUUUACACCUCAAAUCAUUGAUUUCGGCCGUAAAUUCCAGCCGGGCAAGCCAUUAUUUAGCAAGGACGCGUUGGAAGAUAUGGCGUCCCCGCACAGUGGCACCCCGCAGCCAACCCUCGUUGAUUCCAGUGCACCAACCCGCCGACCAAGCCCAAGCCCAGCUACUGGCAAGCAGACUACCGGUGUAUUGCCAGUUACACAGAAUGCUGAGACGCCUUCAAUCAUGCCCAACGCAACCAUAAUUGAGGCAAGUAAAUUACCUCUCCAAGAAGCAGUCCUUCAUAGUAUUUUGGCCUGUAACUCUGAAGAAAAGUGUCGAAGGAUGGCUGGUGCCAUCAUUAUCGUUGGUGGAGGUGGCUUGAUACAUAACGUUGCGUAUGCGAUCACGACACGGUUUCCUUUGCUCGCGGCUCGCUACCCGAACAUUGGUGAGACAAGCUCAAUACCACCCCCUCGAGAUAUCGACCCGAAACUACUCGCCUGGAAAGGUGUUUCACUGUUAUGCAGGCUAGACGCCGCGAAUGACCUAUGGAUCCGGUCAAGCGAUUGGGAAGUACUGGGUUCUAAAGGUAUCAAAGAUCGCACAAUGUUUAUGUGUUGA